AUACGAGUCUCGUCGAAAUAUCAGAAGAGGAUUCUGCAUUCCCAAUGGCUGAAAAGGGGAGGCACCGUAAGGCUCCAUUUGAGUCUUUGAACUAUCAUAAGAGGAUUCUGGCUUCCACUGCAAAUGGCUGAAAAGGGAAGGCGUCGCGAGGAUGUCACGCUCGACAGGGAUUGAUUAGGGACUAAGUACUUCACCUCGAAGGACAGUAAAUCAUGACACCUCAGCUUAUCCGACUAAACAACUCGAAACACGGAGCAUGUGAGCAUAGGACGAGGACGAAGGAGCUGAGGUCGCUGAACAAGAUAUCCAAUUCUCAGCAGAUUGCAUGUUGCAUGUUAUCAUCAUCUCUUUUUUUUUUUCUUUUUUUUUCUUUUCUUUUUUCUACCCUUCUUGUUCUUCCUCCGCUUCCCUGCGAUUCUCUUCCAGCAAGGUUCACGUGCAACAGUACUAAAAUUAACUGUUGACAAGCAACACAAUCGCAAGAAUGGAGGAAUACGAUGUUGUGAUCAUCGGUGCCGGUGCAUCAGGCAUCAAUGCGGCCUACAAAGUCCAGACAGAGAUGCCAGGCGCCCGCUUCACCGUGCUCGAGUCCCGAGACACCAUCGGCGGGACGUGGAACUUCUUUAAAUACCCCGGACUCCGCUCAGACUCGUAUCUCACAGGCUUUGGCUUCAGAUGGAGGCCCUGGAGCGAGGAGAAGGAGAUCGCAGAUGGUCCGAUGAUCCAGAAAUACCUCGAGGACUCGGUCGCGUGGGCCGGUAUCGAUCAGCAUAUCGAGUUUCAGCACAGGGUGACCGGCACCCACUGGUCGACGCCAGAGAGCAAGUGGACCGUCGAGGUCGAUGUGGAUGGCGGCAGGUCCAAGAAGACGCUGAAGUCGACAUUUCUAUUCACAUGCAGCGGCUACUACGAUUAUCAGACGCCUCUCCAAGCGGCCAUCCCGGGCAUCUCGAGCUUUCAGGGCGAGGUGGUGCACCCCCAAUUCUGGCCUGCGGACCUCGACUACGCCAACAAGCGCGUUGUCAUCAUCGGCUCUGGUGCCACGACCAUCACCAUCUUGCCUGUGCUGGCCAGGACGGCCGCCCAUGUCACGAUGCUCCAAAGGAGUCCCGGCUACGUCAUGCCGCUGCCGUCUGCCCCGGGCCACAUUUUUGCCCUGCGCAGGUGGCUUCCGAAAAGGAUCGCCGACAACAUCAACUUUUGGAAGGAUGUCCUGAUCCAGUCACUCAUCAGGUUCCUCUGCUUGGCCUUCCCCAACUUUGCCCGCAGGCUGUUCAUCAAGAGGAUGGCGAAACAGCUCGAGGGCUCAGGCAUUCCGGUCGACCCUCACUUCACGCCCCGAUAUGACCCCUGGGCUCAACGGCUCUGCGUCUGCCCGGAUGGCGACUUUUACGAUGCACUUAGGCAGCCGAAUACCGACGUUGUGACGGAUCACAUACGGACGGUCACGGCGUCUGGGAUUGUGACAACAUCGGGAAAGACAAUUGAUGCUGACAUCAUCGUGACGGCUACUGGUCUUCGAAUCCUCAUUUUGGGCGGCGUAGAUGUCACUGUGGAUGGACAGAGGGUCAACAUUGGAGAGAGAUUUGCUUGGCGUAAUUUCAUGCUUGAGGGUGUUCCGAACAUGGCGAUGGUGAUUGGGUAUACAAAUAUGUCCUGGACACUUGGCAGUGACUCAUGCCUACGGCUCAUGAUGCGUGUCAUCAAGCACAUGAAGAGUCUCGGUGCUACGGCAGUGAAGCCUGUAGUGGAGAACAGAGAGUCCUUGGUCGCUGAGCCGAUCAUAAGCAUGAAAUCCACGUAUUUUCUGGUGGCACACGACAGGCUGCCCAGGAAGGCCGGCGUCGACCCGUGGGACGAGAGGAAAGGCUACAUACCGGAGUCUUUCCUGGCAUGGUUUGGGUCUAUCAAGACUCUGACGAAGGGUUUGGAGUUCACGGUGCCCGGGCGUGUCAAUGGAAAGGCGGACUGA